AUGACUCGUGUCCAUUUUGUCCACUCUUAUGGUCACUGUUGCAUCAAGUGCUGGAUCACCGCAAGAGACGUUCAAGUCUUCUACUGGCCUGUCGAUGCAGACACGAGAAGCCUGACGAACACGUCAGCACCAACAACAACAGUCAAUCCUCAAAGUCUAGUCUCGAAUGGCGUCACGUUGUUAGUCCAUGCCCAGGCUUCUAGCCUCUCCCCUGAUACUGACGCUACCUGCAGCAUUUCGCCAUCAGUCUACGUGGCCUAUCGUAACUUGAGAGCAUCAGAUGUGUGUCCGUCUUUCGGCGACGGUGACUUUACGCGCGGAAACGUAUACAAUACCACAAUCGCUUAUCAGCCAGGCCUUUUGUCCACAUCGAUAUGCACGGGUGAACCAGAAGGCUUUUAUCAAGGAUUUUCCGCAAUCAAUGUCACAGAGCUGCAGCAUCCAACGAUCUAUAACGGGACCUGUAUGGGCCUGGAUGCUUCGCUGGAAAGCACUACGAAUGGCCCUUACUUAUCCCUGCCUCAAGACCUCACCAUCUUGGACCCGGCAUGGAGUACCUGCAACGCGGUGCUUUGGGGUGCUUUUGAUCCUCCAAUUGCGCUGCACACAGCAACAGCUCUGGUUCCAGAUCCGGGAAAAGGCUCGCAACCUACCCCUGCCCCAGGAAGCCCUGUAGCUCCCCCACAUGCUCCACCGACACCGACAGCCAAUCCGAUUGGUCACGGGAAUCCAGCAACCCACUCUCCUGCUCCAAAAGCUGAUCCCCAAGGCCCUGGACAGCAGAACGCUCACCCACCAGAUGCAGUCAAGCCUUCCGCCAACGAUCCAAAAGCCGAUCCCCAAGAUCCCGGCGAACAACAGCCUAACCCGCCAGAUCCCAUCCAACCUCCCGUAAAUAGUAAAAACGAUGAUCCUGCUACUUCGACAGCUAUUCCAAUCGCUCUCAAUGGGGAUAACGCAGCACAAGGAUCUCCUAAAGUAGUAUCGGAUCCCAAAUCCAACGAGCCUCAACCGACUGGCGAAAUUAGCGAGGGAGAUCCAGGAGCUGACCCUGGAAGCGGGCACAACGCUGGACCUGCCUUGGAUCCUGCUGAAGACCUCGACCAGUCCACUGCAGACUAUGCUCAACCUUUGCCGUCAAUUGGAGGCUACCAGAUCCAAGCGGCGAGUGGGGGUGGUGUCAUUAUAGCAAGCACCACAAUUCGACCAGGCGUCCAGACUACCAUAGAUAGCACACCAUUAUCGGUCGAAAAGGGUCAGAUUGUCAUCGCCAGCAGCACCAUUCCUUUAGCUCUUCCAUCCGCGGACCCUAUCAUUACCCUCGCCAACGGUGACAUCAUCAGCGCUGGCGGCAAAGCGGCCACGGUCAGCGGCACAACGGUCGCUUUGGCUCCUGAUGGGAACGCGCUCGUGAUAAAUGGCAAGACGUCACCCGUCCCGCCACCUCCGGUACCGAUCCUCACAGUAGCAGGCCAAACACUCACGGCGGCGGCCACUGGCUUCGCAAUCGGAGGCCAAAGCGUCCUGCCCGGAGGAUCAGCGGUGACAUACGCCGGAAGCGUGUUCUCUCUGGCUUCGGGCCGCAAUGCACUUGUCGUCAAUGGCAGAACUACUCCCUUGCCUUCGCCGCCCGUGUCUGUUUUCCAGAUCGGGUCCGAGACGUUCACCGCCAUUCCCACUGGCUUUGCGGUCGGUGCACAGUCGGUCUCUCCCGGUGGGUCAGCCGUGUUGGUGAAUGGUACUUUGAUCUCGUUGGGCUCUUCAGAGUUGGUCAUUGGCACUUCGACGAUGCCGUUGGGGUCAGCGGCGCAGACGCGAGCGGGAGCGUUGGGAAGCUUGAUCAUGUAUGGGUUUGGUGGUGGAACGAGUCCUACGGGUGGAUCGUCGAACGGGUCUAAUGUAGUGCCAUUUGUUGGGGAAGGUGGGAAGUUGCGGGUGGGUUUUGGGACAGUGGUUCUCGCCUUGAUCGUCAGUCUCGGUGCUGGAACGGUUGCGUGA